AUGUCGUAUGGCCCUAACGAACCUAGCCAACUACCUAGUCUCAUUAACUAUGUUACUGAAAGAACCAUGGUCGCAAUACGCUCAUGCACGUUUGCGCCUGGAGUAGAGGAAACUUGCCUUCCCUCCAUUGACGAUUUCAUAUUGUACGUCGUUACACGUUCCUAUACCACACCUCCAGAACUUAUCAUGUGUGUCGUGUAUCUCUCACGGUUUCAGGAACGCCUACCCCCCACAGGUGUCACAAUGCGGCCGUCUACUCCUCACCGCAUUUUCCUAGCUGCCUUGAUAUUGGCGCACAAGGUUUAUAACGAUGAUAGUGUAAACAACACUUGCUGGGCUGAGUGCAGUGGCUUUCCUGAAUACGACUUCGCCGGCUUCUCGAACGUGGAGGUCAAUCUGAUUGAGAAGCAAUUCCUGGCACUUCUCAACUGGAACGUACACAUCAGUGCUGAUCUACAGAGCCGUGUUGGGCUUGUAACUGUUGUGUCUGCAUCAAUUGGUGGAAAAGCUCCGCACAGGAAUUGUGGCAUUGCUUCACCUGCUUUAUGCCGAGCUACGAUGAAGUCGAGAUGCAUAAUAAACUACCCUCCGUGCAAUGAUCCCACGCACUGCAACGUCCUCUUAUCGACCAACUUUUCAUCGCACCGUACUACAUGA